AAACUUGAAAGGAAACAUGUUGACUUGCAACUUGGGAGCUGGGAUAGCUCUUUCGGCAAAAUAAUACUAUAUGUUUAAACAGUGUAUCAAAAUACAUCUGCAGCUGCGCAGCAUUUAACAAAGCCGAGAUGGACCGCAACAAACUCCACAAUGAAGACAAAUAGACAAAAUUAUUGAAAGGAGAUAUUGGGUGACGAUAAUCAGAUUCAGAAUCAGAACAACCCUCACUACCCACUAUCUUCAAAUCAUUCAACAGUUGCAGGUUUAAUGGAGAGAAGGGUUGGGAUAAUUGGAGCAGGAAUAAGUGGGCUAUUAGCUUGUAAGUAUGUUCUUGAGAAAGGAUUUCAACCCAUUGUUUUUGAAUCACAACCCGGUCUUGGUGGAGUUUGGACUCAAACAGUUGAAACAACAAAACUUCAAACAGCAAGACAAGCUUUUGUGUUCUCUGAUUUUCCAUGGUCUACUUCAGUUGAAGAAGAUUAUCCAGAUCAUAAUCAAGUUGUAGAGUAUUUAGAAUCUUAUGCUCUUCAUUUUGGUUUACUUCCUUACAUCAAAUUCAACACCAAAGUUGUCAACAUUGACUAUUUAGUACAAGAAGGCCAAGAUAUGCUCUCAUGGAGUCAUUGGGGUGGUUCAGAUCAGGCUUUCAGUAAUCCCAAAGGUAAAUGGGAGAUUACUACUGAUCAUCAGGCUUAUGAAGUAGAAUUUGUGAUUCUUUGCAUUGGGCGGUUCUGUGGAGUUCCAAAUAUUCCUGAUUUCCUACCAAAUAAAGGUCCAGAUGUAUUUACCAAAGGUAAAGUUAUGCAUUCUAUGGAUUACUCUGCCAUGGAUGAUGCUGAUGCUGCCGAAUUCAUCAAAGGAAAACGUGUUACAGUCGUUGGACUUCAAAAAUCAGCUUUGGAUAUUGCUACUGAGUGCGCCAUAGCCAACGGAGUGGAAAAUCCUUGUACAUUGAUAUUCAGAAGUGGACAUUGGAAUGUACCUGAUUAUCUUCCCUGGGGUGUCUCUCUUGCUUCACUCUACCUUAAUCGUUUCUCUGAGCUUAUGUUUCAUAAACCUGGUGAAGGACUGUUUCUUAGUCUCUUAGCUACCGUGCUUUCACCUCUGAGGUGGGCAAUUUCGAAAUUUGUUGAAAGCUAUAUCAAAUCCAAAUUUCCUCUGAAGAAAUACAAUAUGGUACCAGAUAAUAGUUUCUCUCAAGAAAUUUCAUCUUGCUUGCUCGCCUUGGUACCCGAAAAAUUCUUUGAUAGAGUGGAAGAAGGAAGCAUCAUACUGAAGAAGUCAAAGGGGUUUAGCUUCUACAAAGACGGGUUGGUAUUUGACGACGAUGCAGGAGCCACUCUAGAAACAGAUGCAGUGAUCCUUGCUACCGGUUAUAAAAGUGAUGAAAACCUCAAAAGGAUCUUCAAAUCUCCCACAUUUCAAAAUUACAUUAUGGGUUCGUCAAACUCCACCAUUCCGUUAUACAGAGAAUGUAUUCACCCGCGAAUUCCCCAACUGGCAGUAAUUGCGUUUUCUGAGAGUCUGGUGAAUUUGUAUACAUCAGAAAUGAGGUGUCGGUGGUUAGCACAUCUUCUGGAUGAUGGGUUCAGGUUGCCAAGUAUAAUAGAGAUGGAGAAAGAUAUCUUGAAAUGGGAAAAAUACAUGAAGCGUUACUGCGGUCAGUACUACAGAAGAUCUUGCAUUGGCGCGGUGCACAUUUGGUACAAUGAUCAGCUAUGUAAGGAUAUGGGUUUUAAUCCAAAGAGGAAGAAGGGAUUUUAUGCAGAACUGUUCGAGCCUUACGGAACCAUGGAUUACGCAAAUCUUACUCAUAGUAAAGAUUGAAGGAUUGCCCAAUCCUUGUAAAUUGUAAUACGACUUGUGUGGUUUUGGACCUUGUAUAUGGUGGCCCUCAGAUAUUUGGCAUCGGCCUCAUAAAAACACAGGCAUUUCAGAUUUGAUUUGUAAGCUUUGUUUAGAUAUCCUCGUUUCAGCACUGAAUAUAUUACCAGUUGGGUG